CAUCACAAUCAGCAUCAUCUUUCCAAUGAUCUCUUCAUUGUUGUCAGAGCCCAAGAGAGAGUACAGAUAAUAGUACUAGUACUGGUGGUGUCAAGAAAAGAAAAGGAGGUGCAAAAAUCUAUUAGCUUAAAUCAGUUACUACUGCUGAUAAAGCAGAGAGGUGCAGAAUGAAUGGUCUAACACACCUUGAACCAGAUUACUCUGAAUUUGUUGAAGUUGAUCCAACUGGAAGAUAUGGCAGAUAUAACGAGAUUCUUGGCAAAGGAGCUUCAAAGACAGUUUACAGAGCAUUUGAUGAAUAUGAAGGAAUUGAAGUUGCUUGGAACCAGGUCAAACUCUAUGAUUUCCUGCAAAGUCCUGAAGAUCUUGAGAGGCUUUAUUGUGAAAUUCAUCUACUCAAAACAUUGAAGCACCAAAACAUUAUGAAAUUUUAUACAUCUUGGGUAGAUACUGCCAACAGGAACAUCAAUUUUGUUACUGAGAUGUUCACUUCUGGGACUCUUAGACAGUAUAGGUUGAAGCACAGGAGAGUAAAUAUUAGAGCAGUAAAGCACUGGUGCAGACAGAUCUUAAAAGGUCUUCUCUAUCUUCAUAGUCUUGACCCUCCUGUGAUCCACAGAGACCUCAAAUGUGACAACAUCUUUGUUAAUGGCAACCAAGGCGAAGUGAAAAUUGGGGAUCUUGGUCUUGCUGCUAUCCUGCGAAAAUCUCAUGCCGCACACUGUGUUGGAACACCUGAAUUCAUGGCUCCAGAAGUUUAUGCAGAGGAAUACAAUGAACUGGUUGACAUCUAUGCAUUUGGGAUGUGCAUUUUAGAAAUGGUCACUUUUGAAUAUCCCUAUAGUGAGUGCACUCAUCCUGCUCAGAUCUACAAGAAAGUUAUCUCUGGGAAGAAGCCUAAUGCAUUAUAUAAAGUAAAGGAUCCUGAGGUACGACAAUUUGUUGAGAAAUGCUUGGCCACCGUUUCUCUCAGGCUCUCAGCAAGGGAGCUCUUAGAUGAUCCUUUUCUUAGGAUAGAUGGUUCUGAACCAGAAUUAAGAGCUGUUGAGUGCCCGAGAGAAAUGAAUUACAUGAAUGCUCUAUUAAGGCAGCCUUACCCUGAUAUAGAGUAUGAAGGAAAAUCGUUCAGUGACAACUCCUUCAAGGGAUAUUCCAAUGGUUAUGCUUUUGAAGACCAAAAUGGAUGGGAUUGUCAUCCAAAUGAAUUCGAGCAAAGUGGAAUCGAUCUUUUUGAGUAUAAUGAGGAAGAUCAUGAUGAAGAAUCUCCACAUGUGGAUGUAACCAUUAAAGGGAAAAGAAGAGAAGAUGGUAGCAUCUUUUUAAGGCUUCGGAUUUCAGACAAGGAAGGUCGCAUCAGAAAUAUCUAUUUCCCGUUUGAUAUCGAAUUGGACACAGCACUAAGUGUUGCAACCGAAAUGGUUGCAGAACUGGAUAUGACCGAUCAAGAUGUCACUAAAAUAGCGGAUAUGAUUGAUGGAGAGAUUGCUUCUUUGGUGCCAGAAUGGAAACGAGGGCCAGGAAUAAUCGAAACUCCCCGAUUGGCAAAUCCAAGCUUUUGUCAAAAUUGUGCUUCCAACCACACAUCUACCGGUUCUCUCAUCAACUUUCUAUCACAUAAUCCUGGUGCCCAGAACAUUCAAUUCUUGCAAUGCUUGGGGAAUGGAUGUGCUGCUACACAUGGUCGGUUUGAAGAGAUCACCUAUCAAGUUGGUAGUUCUUUACGUAAUGAAUUGGAUGAAGCAAAUAAUCCUGGUUCGCCAAGCCAAAGAAAUGGCUUCCAUCCCGUAGAGAUUUGGGAUCAGCAUGAGAGCCAUGAAUGCAGUUCAUUAGGUUCUGUGGGAAGCUGUUCCCUGGAAGAAGAUGAUGAUGACGAAGAAGAAAAGUUGGAUAAGAAACUUCAGAGGACCAUGAGAAAGAGAAAGUGUUACUGGAGUAAGUUCUCCAGUGCAACAAAUUUCAUAAGAUCUUUAUCAGGUUCUCAAACUUUAGACUCAAUUCCUUCGUUCCCCUAUGAGCUCUCAAAUAACUAUGAACAUGAAAUUCAGCAGGAAUUGAGAUGGCUUAGAGCAAAAUAUCAGAUCAACUUGAGGGAUCUUAGAGAUCAACAGUUGGGACUCACAAAUAGAUCAUGCAAAUCUCAUUCAAGUUCAGCUAAUAGCAAAUGCAACAGUGAAAUUGGAACAAGAUCCCCCAGUAUUCUUCUCAAGCCUUCUGCUGAUCAUGUUAACUUGGAUUUGAACCAAAAUCUUCAGCAAAGCAGCCCCAAUUCAGUAUCCCAAAGGGACCGGAAAUGCGAGGCGACCAAGGAGACUCCUAAUGUCAAGGACAUAGUUGCUGUUAAGAAAUUUUGCAAAAAUUCAUUACUUCCAAACUCACUUCACAGAACAACAUCCUUGCCAGUUGGUGCUAUUUACUUCUGAUGUUUUUGCAACCUCACCAAUUUUCCUUAUUGUCUAAAAUUGCAAUACAUUUUAGAGUCUCUAUCAUUUUGAGUACAAACGCUAGGUAGUGGUAUACCCUUCAGCCCUUGGGCAUUCCUUCCUCCCUUGUUUGUACCCUUUUUAGGGAUCUACCUAUAAAGAGAACCAUACUAAGGACUAUGUGUAAAAUUACAAGAGUUGUAUAAAUUACCAAGGCUUCAGAAUAUUCAGCUGUAAUAAACUUAUCAGUUAUCUCCA